AUGAGUAUAUUAAGUUGGAACUAUCGGGGGCUUGGGAACCUUCGGACAGUUCAGGAUCUUUGCCGGAUGGUGAAGGAAAAGCGACCCGAUAUGGUUUUCUUAAUGGAAACUAAGCAAAAAACAGCCAGGAUGAAAAGUUUAAAGUUCAAACUGGGUUAUGACUGUGUGUUUGUGGUGGACUGUGUUGGCAGAAGUGGUGGCUUGGCGUUGUUCUGGAAGGAGGAUUUUCAGGUAACAAUUCAAAACUAUAGCCUGAGGCAUAUUAAUGGGGUAAUUUUUUCUGAAGUGUUUGAUUGUUCAUGGAAAUUUACGGGGUUCUAUGGACACCCGAAGGUCCAUAAGAGGAAGGAAUCUUGGGAUCUUUUGAGACACUUAGCCACGUUAUCACCUUUAUCAUGGUUAUGCAUGGGGGAUUUUAACAAAAUAAUUGAAGAUGCAGAAAAAUGGGGGAGGGGGCACGUCGAGCUCGAGCUCAAGCUCAAAUGGUGGCUUUCCAAUCAACGUUGGAGACAUGCAGAUUGGCUUAUAUGGGAUUUUUUGGCUCACGAUUCACGUGGUCAAACAAGCAGUAUGAUGUGGAGAAGAGUCAAUAUUGAUCCUAAUGACCGCCUGAUUACAGAAAGAACAAAACAACUUGGUAACCUCCAAGUUGAUGAAACUGAGGCAGAGAUGGAAAAUAUCAAACAGUUGCAAGAGGAAGUAAAUGAUUUGAUUGAACUGGAGGAUUUAAAGUGGAGGCAAAAAGCUAAGCAAGAUUGGCUUCAAUUUGGUGAUAAAAACUCAAAAUAUUUCCACGCUUGUGUAAACCAGAGAAGGAAGAAUAAUCAGAUAAAGCAAAUUCAGAACCGGUUGGGCGUGGUAUGCAGAGAACAGGAGACUAUUGAGGAAGCCUUUGUGGAUCAUUUCAAGACUCUGUUUCAAGCAAUCCGAUUAGAAAAUGUGGAGAAAUGUCUGGUAGGAAUGGAAAGCAGAAUUACAGAUGAGAUGAAUGAGCACUUGCUACAACCUUGUACUCCAGAGGAAGUCAGCCAAGCAUUACAACAGAUGGGACCGCUAAAAGCCCCAGGCCCAGAUGGUUUUUCGGCAGAUUUUUAUCAACAAAAUUGGAGUACAGUUGGAGAUGAGGUAUGUCGAGCUAUUUCAAAAUUUAUUAGCGUUGGUGUUAUGGAUUUGGAAAUUAAUGCUACCCAUAUUGUGCUUGUCCCAAAGAAACCAAAGCCUACUUCAGUUUCAAAUUUUCGCCCUAUUAGCCUUUGUAAUGUUAUUUACAAGCUUACCUCUAAGGUAUUGGCAAAUAGGCUUAAAGGGGUUUUACCUUUUAUUAUCUCAGCAAAUCAAAGUGCCUUUAUUCCGGGGCGCUUAAUCUCUGAUAACAUUCUUGCUGCAUAUGAGACGUUGCAUUCCAUGCAAACUCAUCAUUGGGGGAAAGUGGGCCAUGUUGCGGUUAAGCUUGACAUGAGUAAGGCUUAUGAUAGAGUGGAGUGGAGGUUCUUGGAUGAGGUUAUGAGAAGAAUGGGGUUUGCACGUAAAUGGCGAGAGUUGAUUAUGCAAUGUAUCCAGUCGGUUAAUUUUUCUGUUCUCAUUAAUGGACAAAAAACAGAAAAUUUCCAACCCUCUCAAGGCAUUCGACAAGGAGAUCCUCUUUCUCCUUACCUUUUUAUUAUAUGUGCGGAAGCACUGAGUAAUUUACUAGCUCAAGCUGAGAAUUCUGGAUGGCUCUCGGGGGUUCCUACAUCACCUAAGGGGCCUUGUUUAAACCACCUAUUUUUUGCAGAUGACAGCCUAUUGUUUUGCAGGGCCAUUUCGAGAGAUUGGGGGUGGUUAUCUAACCUUCUUGAGUGUUAUGAAAGGGCUUCGGGUCAACUGCUUAAUAAAGAAAAGACUUCUCUUUUCUUUAGUCGGAAUACAAGCCAAGAUGCUCGAGAAUAUAUCCAAAGAUUAUCAGCUGUCCCCAGUACGCAAAGAUAUGAUAAGUAUUUGGGGUUGCCAGCUCUGGUGGGCAAAUCUAGGGUGCGGGAAUUUCAGAAUAUUAAAGAUAGGGUUUGGAAGAAACUGCAUGACUGGAAAACAAAAUUUCUCUCUCAGGCUGGGAAGGACAUACUGCUUAAGGCUGUGAUUCAAGCUAUUCCUACAUAUAGCAUGAGCGUAUUCCUUCUCCCACAGAAACUUUGUAUGGAUAUCAAUUCCAUGAUGCAGAAAUUCUGGUGGGGGCAUAAAGAAAAUGAUUCAAAGAUCCACUGGAUGAGAUGGAAAAAGUUGGGUUUCUCAAAGUCAAAUGGAGGAAUGGGGUUUAGAGAUUUGAGGUGUUUUAAUACAGCUUUGUUAGCAAAACAGGGUUGGAGGCUUCUUCAUAAUCCCCACAGUUUGGCAGGCCAAAUACUAAAAGCAAAAUAUUUUCCAAGGGUAGAUUUUUUGGGGGCUUCUCUCGGGCGACGACCUUCGUUUGCUUGGAGAAGUAUUAUGUCCUCAAAAGAUUUAAUUCAAGAGGGUAUGAAAUGGAGAAUUGGAAAUGGUAAUUUGGUUAAAAUUUGGGGGGAUAAAUGGUUACCUACCCCAACGACGUAUAAAGUUCAGUCACCUAUAACGAUUUUGCCUGAGGAAGCAGUGGUGAGAACAUUAAUAGAUGGGGAGUCUAGAGGGUGGAACAAGGCUCUUGUCAAUUCAGUUUUUUCCAAGGAGGAGGCUGAUAUUAUUUUUUCCAUUCCUCUUAGCAAAUAUGGAAAUCCUGAUAUGCUUAUAUGGCGGGGGUCCUCAAAUGGAGAAUUUACCGUUCUGAGUGCCUACUAUAUUGAGAAAGAUAGGCAAGAGGUAACACGGGGUGAAUGUUAUAAAAAUGGAAGUGAUCAAAACUUGUGGAAGUUGAUAUGGAGAAUGAAGGUCCCUAAUGCGGUUAAGGUUUUCAUUUGGCGUGCAUGUCAAAAUAUCCUUCCAACGAAGGAUAAUUUACAAAAGAAAGGUAUUUCUCUUGACCCUUUAUGCUUGUUUUGCAAGAAAGAAUUGGAAACGGUGAAGCACAUUUUAUGGGAUUGUCCUUCGGUGGUUGAUGUUUGGGGGGCAGGGGGAAGACUGAUUCAAAAGAGCUAUGUGGCUGGCUAUUCUUUUGCAGAAGUUAUGGAGUAUCUAUUUGAUAGGUGCAGUGGGGAAGAGAUUGAAGUUCAUGCAAAGAUUGCUAGACGUAUUUGGUUUAGGAGGAAUUCGAUGGUUCAUGAUGGGGAGUUUAUCCACCCAAAUGAAAUAAUAAAGAUUUAUGCAACUUUCAUUAACGAAUAUUGGAAUUCUCUGAAGAGAAAGGGAGAUUUUGAUUCGGUACUGAAGACUCGGGCAGGAACAUCUAUAGUGAGAUGGGUCCCUCCUCCUUCUAGUUUUUUUAAAAUUAACUGUGAUGUGGCUUUAGACAACAAAAAUGGCAGGAUGGGUAUUGGUUUGUUGAUAAGAGAUUCCAAUGGUAAGGUUUAUGCAGCUGCUAGUCAGGUGGUGGAUUUUAUAUUUGAUCCGGUUGUUGGGGAGUCCAUAGCGGCUUUGAAAGCUGUUGAAUUUUGUAAGAACAGAGGGCUGGACAAAAUCAUGGUAGAAGGAGAUUCCCUUCAAGUGGUACAUUCUAUCAAUAAACCAGGAUUAAAUUGGGGAAAGUAUGGACACAUUGUGGCUGAUAUUCACGAAGUCCUCCGGUUUUUUCGGGCUUGGAAGGUUUGUCAUACGCCAAGAGAAGCGAACUCAGCGGCACAUUCGCUUGCAAAAGAGGGAAUUCAGUUUGUCGCAGAUCGAGUUUGGCUUGAUUGUUAUCCGAAUAGUAUUAGAGAGAUUGUAAUUUCAGAGUUACCUACUCUGGUCCAUUAA